AUGUUUGCGUUUCUCGCAGCCUUCUUGGACUUGGACUUGCUUGGUUGGGAGCUCAAGGGUGCUACUGGCGCCGGCGCACGGAUCGUGGUUGCAGCAUGCGAUUAUAUCCAUAAGGGAUUUCAUUCCUUUUGGGUCGAGGCGGAGAAGCGCGGCAAGGGCAAGAAGGGCAAGAAGAAGAAGAAGGGCGGCGGGAGCGGCGGCGCUGGGCCGUCGCAGGAGGCCGAGGCGCCGUCAGAGGCAGCCGCAGCCAAGCCCGCGAAGCUGGACAGGGAGGGGUUGAUCAGGCUUCUCGAGACGCUCCACGAGGAGCGGAUUCGGGCCAAGGCGGAUGCAGACUAG